AUGGCAACCUCUCUCACUUUCUCCAGACUCCUCUCAUCUUCCACCACCACAUCCCUCUUAUCUCCCAAAAUCAAAACCCUAUCUUCCACCUUCACCCUCCCUCUCAAACUCAACCGCCUCCACCCAAAACCCCUCCGAUUCUCCUCAUCCCCAAAAAUCUCCGCCACAAUCUCCGUCGGCGACAAGCUCCCCGAAUCCACCUUCUCUUUCCUCGACUCCGCCGGCGACGUCCAAACCAUAACCGUUUCCGACCUAACAAAAGGCAAAAAGGCCGUCCUCUUCGCCGUUCCGGGCGCCUUCACGCCCACCUGCUCCCAGAAACACGUUCCCGGAUUCGUGGAGAAAUCAGCCGAGCUCAAAGCGAAAGGCGUCGACACCAUCGCGUGCAUUUCUGUGAACGAUGCUUUCGUGAUGAAUGCGUGGAAGGAGGAUUUGAAGGUGAACGAUGAGGUUCUUCUUCUGUCAGACGGAAAUGGCGAUUUCACGAAGGCGAUUGGGUGUGAGCUUGAUUUGAGUGAUAAGCCUGUUGGAUUGGGGGUUAGGUCAAGACGGUAUGCUUUGUUGGCGGAAGAUGGGGUUGUGAAGCUUUUCAAUUUGGAGGAAGGUGGUGCUUUUACUUUCAGUGGUGCUGAUGAUAUCCUUGAAGUUCUCUGA